CGCCCGAGACCCACCUGCAGGGGCGGUCGAGAUGCCCACCAUGCGGAGGACCGUGUCGGAGAUCCGCUCUCGCGCCGAAGGUUAUGAGAAGACAGAUGAUGUUUCAGAGAAGACCUCUCUGGCUGAUCAGGAGGAAGUGAGAACCAUAUUCAUCAACCAGCCUCAGCUGACAAAAUUCUGCAACAACCAUGUCAGUACGGCAAAAUACAACGUGAUCACAUUCCUUCCGAGAUUCCUCUAUUCUCAGUUCAGAAGAGCGGCCAAUUCGUUCUUUCUCUUUAUUGCCCUGCUCCAGCAAAUUCCUGAUGUGUCGCCGACUGGUCGUUACACCACACUGGUUCCUCUCUUAUUUAUCUUAGCUGUGGCAGCUAUCAAAGAGAUAAUAGAAGAUAUUAAACGACACAAAGCUGACAAUGCUGUGAACAAGAAGCAGACACAAGUUUUGAGAAAUGGUGCUUGGGAAAUUGUCCACUGGGAAAAGGUGGCAGUGGGGGAGAUAGUGAAGGUGACCAAUGGGGAGCAUCUCCCAGCAGAUCUCAUCAGUCUGUCCUCAAGUGAGCCCCAGGCCAUGUGCUACAUCGAGACAUCCAACUUAGAUGGUGAAACAAACUUGAAAAUUAGACAAGGCUUACCGGCAACAUCGGAUAUCAAAGACAUUGACAGUUUGAUGAGAAUUUCUGGUAGAAUCGAGUGUGAAAGCCCAAACCGACAUCUCUAUGAUUUUGUUGGGAACAUAAGGCUUGACGGACAUGGCACUGUUCCACUGGGUGCAGACCAGAUCCUUCUUCGAGGUGCUCAGUUAAGAAAUACCCAGUGGGUUCAUGGGAUAGUUGUCUACACUGGCCACGACACCAAGCUGAUGCAGAAUUCCACAAGUCCGCCACUUAAACUCUCCAAUGUGGAACGGAUUACAAAUGUACAGAUUCUGAUUUUAUUUUGCAUCUUAAUCGCCAUGUCCCUCGUGUGUUCCGUGGGCUCCGCCAUCUGGAAUCGAAGGCAUUCUGGGAAAGACUGGUACCUCCAUCUACACUAUGGUGGCGCUAGUAAUUUUGGACUGAACUUCCUGACUUUCAUUAUCCUUUUCAACAAUCUCAUUCCCAUCAGCUUGUUGGUUACAUUAGAAGUGGUGAAGUUUACCCAGGCAUACUUCAUAAAUUGGGAUCUUGACAUGCGUUAUGAGCCCACAGACACUGCAGCCAUGGCUCGGACAUCGAAUCUGAAUGAGGAACUUGGCCAGGUUAAAUACAUAUUUUCUGACAAAACCGGAACCCUGACGUGCAAUGUGAUGCAGUUCAAGAAAUGCACCAUCGCGGGCGUGGCUUACGGGCAAAGCUCACAGUUUGGAGAUGAAAAAACCUUUAAUGAUCCGUCGUUGCUGGAAAAUCUCCAGAAUAACCAUCCAACCGCACCUAUCAUCUGUGAAUUUCUCACAAUGAUGGCCGUCUGCCACACAGCUGUACCAGAGAGAGAUGGGGAGAAAAUCAUUUACCAGGCAGCAUCACCAGAUGAGGGAGCACUGGUCAGAGCCGCCAAGCAACUGAAUUUUGUCUUCACUGGAAGAACUCCUGACUCUGUCAUCAUAGAUUCACUGGGGCAGGAAGAAAGAUAUGAAUUGCUCAAUGUCCUAGAGUUCACCAGCGCUAGGAAAAGGAUGUCGGUGGUGGUUCGCACUCCAUCCGGGAAGUUACAGCUUUACUGCAAAGGAGCUGACACAGUAAUUUAUGAACGACUCGCAGAGACUUCAAAGUAUAAAGAAAUCACCCUAAAACACUUGGAGCAGUUUGCUACGGAAGGGCUGAGGACUUUGUGUUUUGCUGUGGCUGAGAUUUCCGAGAGCGACUUCGAGGAGUGGCGGGCCGUCUACCAGCACGCCUCCACGUCGGUGCAGAACAGGCUGCUGAAGCUGGAGGAGAGCUACGAGCUGAUCGAAAAGAAUCUUCAGCUACUUGGAGCUACAGCCAUUGAGGAUAAAUUGCAGGACCAAGUGCCUGAAACCAUAGAAACUCUAAUGAAGGCUGACAUCAAAAUAUGGAUCCUUACUGGGGACAAGCAAGAAACUGCCAUUAAUAUCGGACACUCCUGUAGACUUCUGAAGAGGAACAUGGGGAUGAUCGUGAUAAACGAAGGCUCUCUUGACGGGACGAGGGAAACUCUCAGCCGCCACUGCACCACCCUUGGAGAUGCUCUUCGGAAGGAAAAUGACUUUGCCCUUAUAAUUGAUGGGAAGACCCUUAAAUAUGCCUUAACCUUCGGAGUCCGGCAAUAUUUCCUGGAUUUAGCUCUGUCCUGCAAAGCUGUCAUCUGCUGCAGGGUUUCUCCUCUUCAGAAGUCUGAGGUUGUUGAGAUGGUUAAGAAACAAGUCAAAGUCAUCACGCUCGCCAUCGGAGACGGAGCAAAUGACGUCAGCAUGAUACAGACGGCCCACGUGGGGGUUGGGAUAAGCGGCAAUGAAGGCUUGCAGGCAGCCAACUCUUCAGAUUACUCCAUUGCUCAGUUCAAAUAUUUGAAGAAUCUGUUGAUGGUUCACGGUGCCUGGAAUUACAAUAGAGUCUCCAAGUGUAUCCUGUACUGCUUCUACAAGAACAUCGUGCUGUACAUCAUCGAGAUCUGGUUUGCCUUUGUCAAUGGCUUUUCUGGACAGAUCCUCUUUGAAAGAUGGUGUAUAGGGCUUUAUAAUGUGAUGUUUACAGCGAUGCCUCCCUUGACACUCGGAAUAUUUGAGAGAUCGUGCAGAAAGGAAAACAUGUUAAAGUAUCCGGAGUUGUACAAAACAUCCCAGAAUGCUCUGGACUUCAAUACCAAGGUUUUCUGGGUUCAUUGUUUGAAUGGCCUCUUCCACUCGGUUAUUCUGUUUUGGUUCCCACUGAAAGCCCUUCAGUAUGGCACGGUAUUUGGAAAUGGGAAAACCUCAGAUUACCUGCUUCUGGGAAACUUUGUUUACACUUUUGUAGUGAUAACUGUGUGCUUGAAAGCUGGACUGGAAACCUCCUAUUGGACAUGGUUCAGCCACAUUGCCAUCUGGGGCAGCAUUGCGCUCUGGGUGGUGUUCUUCGGGAUCUACUCGUCUCUGUGGCCUGCCAUUCCCAUGGCCCCUGACAUGUCUGGAGAGGCAGCCAUGCUCUUCAGCUCUGGAGUCUUCUGGGUGGGCUUACUCUCCAUCCCUGUGGCGUCCUUGCUUCUGGAUGUGCUGUACAAAGUUAUCAAGAGGACAGCCUUUAAAACAUUAGUGGAUGAAGUUCAGGAGCUCGAGGCAAAAUCUCAAGACCCAGGAGCAGUCGUACUUGGGAAAAGCCUCACGGAGAGGGCACAGCUGCUCAAGAAUGUCUUUAAGAAGAACCAUGUGAAUCUGUACCGCUCUGAAUCCUUACAACAGAACCUACUCCACGGCUAUGCUUUCUCUCAAGAUGAAAAUGGCAUCGUCUCACAGUCGGAAGUGAUUAGAGCCUAUGAUACCACGAAACAGAGGCCUGAUGAGUGGUGAUUGGCAGGCCUAGGCCACCAGCCCCCACACUGUGUCUCUGAGGAGAACUGUCAGAGUCUAAGGUCAUCACUACAACCUGCUGACCAAUUGCAGUCUGGUCCAUGGGGAGAAAAAGUGGAUCUGAGCUCAUCUCACAGAUGAAUUUCUAGGACAUAGCGCUAUGUGACUACUGUAACACCGUCGUCCUCGGAAUGUCCUCAAGUACCUGCUAAGGCUUUGUAAACCGAUAGUGGAAAUUACCUUAUAUCUUGCCAGAGUGCUUUCUCAAAAUGGGGACAGGUCAGUGUUCACAAGCUGUCCCUCUGGGGCUGUAACUAUCGUUGAUGGCUCAACCACCAGUCAAUCAACUAUUUAAAAGAAACAACAAGAACAAGAACAACUCAGAAAUGAUGUUAAGGGAAGUACUCUCAAUAUCCAGACUUAGAGUUCAGGAUAUGCUGAAAUAAAUCAGCUCACUCUACUGAGCGUUUCUAAACAAGGCAUUAAAUAUGUGUUUGUGUCAAAGAGUGUCUUGCUAAGUGUUUGCCAAAGACAUUCAGUGUGUGCGUUUCUCAUUCAGUAGUCAUCUGCCCAGAAAUUUAAAAGAAAGUUUUUUUUUUUCACAGUACCUCUGUAUGACCUGCAUGCUUGACUUUUCAAACAUGAGCGUGACUUAAAAUUUGAGCAUUUCCAGGCAUUUGCUACUAAAAUCUGUGAUGUCGCACCUUGGGCCUUACAACUGCUUCUCUGUUGUUUGUGGUUUUUAUUGGUUCCUGUAGGAGGGAACGUGUGUCCGUGUGACUGUUGUUACGAUGCUGACUUUUUCUCUUUUUAAUUGUACUGUCUGUCAUUUCUGAUGAACUUUAGACUCCUUUAAAUGUUCCUUUAAAAAAAAAAAAUCUGGCUUCUGCUAUGUAUUGAGUGACAAUGAUGCCGCUUUGUCUUUUCCCCGCCUCCUAAGAAAAUUACCCUUACAUAUUUAUGUGGGAUUUCCAAAGACCUUUGGGAUAAUCCAUGAGAUAAUGCAUGGGCUUUUUGUCAUGUACAUAGGCUCAGCUUUUGUCCUGUGCUGUUUGUUCUUCACUGUGCGCUCCCACUGGAGAUGACAUAUGAAGCACAGUUGGUCUCAUGGCGACUACCCGUAUGCUUAAGCCUGAAAAUUAUUUCACAGUUCACUCGGCCAACAACUCCCAAAAUGAGUCACGUACUGCUUAUCGGCACGAGACAGAUAGGUAGGUAGCACACUUCCCCCAUUUUCAGGAGAUACCUAUUUUGCUCAAGCCUAACACCUUACAGUCAAUGAAUACUUAUCACGAGUAGGGUUCACUGAUAUGUUUCCUAAUAUGUGUUCGCUCUAAUUAGUUUGGCAUCUCCAUGAAAUCUCCUGGGGGAGAAAAAUGCCUAUUUUGCUACCAACAGUAAAUGGUGAAGGGGCUAUUUAAAAACCACACCCAGUUUUCUACAGUUUUUAUGGUAUUUUUUUCAUCUUUUCACCCCCCCCCAUUCAAAAAAGAGGGGGGAGUUCUAGUUUUCAGAUACACUUUGGAGAUUGAAACAAAUUCUUCUGCCUUCUAUUCAAAAGCCUGUUUGCCUUUAUGUGGAUUACCAGCAAAAUAGACCUUUAAAUGUGUGCAAGGACUGGCUUUGAGAAGGGGAGGUCUCCAUAUUACCCCCUUAAAUCUUUUCAUUGCCCCCCCCUUUUUCUUGGUCUGAAUUUAAAACUAGAUUGUGUGUCUCUUCCUUCUCUAAAUCUGUAGCUAGUUACCAGUGUGUCUCCGCAUUCCCUGCAAAUAAGAGGUUCUAAAAUUUUACAUAAUUCUAAAGGGAGCAGAAUGGACACAAGUGUAUCUCAAACCGUCCCGUUUGGAGCUUAGAUCAGCCGACACAGGAAUCAAAACAUCUAGCAGAACCACACACAUAGAAUCGAAGCUGAUCUUCCAGAUUGUGAGACUGUAGACUUAGCCGUCUACCAGCUGAAUCUGGAGGGUGGGUUCUCCUCAGCCUCCUGGUGGUGACAAUUGAGGUCAUAGCCCCCCAAAAAUGAGUGGUUAUCCAAAAAAAGGCUUGCUUCCCUUUGCCCCAGCCAUCAGAGGUAUCUGUCACCAAAUCCCUCUCAUCAAAACAUUGUAAAUGAGAAUGGAAUCUUCUGGCCUCUGCCUAGAAAUCUAAUGUCAUCUUUUUAUCUUGCAUCAUGAAUUAUUUUGAUGAACCUCUUCCAUACUCAUGGUUAAUCAGUACACAUCAUACCCUGAAAAUGAGACUCUUUAUGCCUUUUGUCCCUGGAUCCUGUGUUUGAAUGACGGGCAUUAACUUGGUCUCUCUGUUCUUAAGUUGGGGAAAGCACAGAGAGUGGCCAUUUGGGUAAAACUUGAAAUAGAGACUGGCUAUUGCAGCGAGUUUAUAGACUUAAUCCUCUCGCGUUUCUAACCUUUGUCAGCUGGGGAAAAGGCACAUGGUUUUACCAUGGAUUUGAAUGGCUACAGUCAAAAUGACUUUAAGCCUAUGUUUUCUGAAAUGAACAACAUAUAACUCCAAUUUAAAAGUCCCCUAUAGGGGACUCUGGUAAAUGCUGACAUGAUUGCUUUGUAACGUUUACAAUCCAGAAAAUACUAUUUAUGGCAGAAAAUCCUCAUUAGUUUAGCAUUGAAAAGCUGGGAGGUGAAUCGUUCACGUUGGGUUGGGAUAUCACACAGCAAUGUGGAGCACAGACUUUCUCUGUGUGUUAGAUAUACACCUAACAAUUCACUGCUGUCUCACACUGAAAGAUGCUCUAUUUGUGAAGGUAUUAGCAGGAGAGCAAUGUUCUCAGGAACCUAGGACAUUUAACAUGGUAAAUGUGCCUCUUGGCUGGUACUCCACUCAGUGUUCCCUGGGAGACAGCAUCAGCAGCCAGGAGAACUUACUGCAUAGCUCUCACUCACCCAGACAGGUGAAGGAAUACUGCCAAAUAAGGGAGCCAUGGAUUGUGUUGUCAUUAAAGAGAGUCAGUGAGUCCUUUUCCUUUCCAACAGGCAAAAUGGAUCCUGGAAAUAAUCAGCGUGUUGUCUCAGCAUUUAAUGAUAUAUUUUAAUUUUUCAAUCCAGUGUCCCAGAUAGCUGAUGUGACAUUCACAGUAGGUUAAUUUGUUCUGUGCUCAAUGCCACACUCAUAACCUAUGAUUGAAAAAUGACCUUUCAGAAGACAAAUGCUAGUCAGGAAGCAAUAGCUGGUAUCCUUUUUAAUCAGCGCAUAACUCUUAUAAAGCUAUUCAUUAUAUACUUGGUUUUUGACGGUUCCUGGUCUUAAAACUUGUAUUAUGAAGUGAAUUGUUAGUCUGAUAAUUAAGCUACAAAAUUUAUCAAGGAAAUGCCCCACUCAUUCACACCAUGGUGAACAAGUAUAUAGAAUCCCUUCUGUCCCUUGCUUACGAUGACACCGUGUGGCGCUGUGCCUCGCAAAUGUUUUGUAAUGAUGAGCAUUUCUGGACUGUUUCUUAAACAUAUCGUAGUCUGAUUUUUCUUACAUUAAAAUAAAACACUUGUGAAACUUAGUUAUACUUUGCUGUGUUUUAAUUAGCCUUCAACAGUUAUUAAAAUGGAAUGUAAGUUAAAUCUUAAGAAAAGGAAAUAAACUCCUUUUGUGUUUCAUAUUGAUUUAUUUUCUGUAGGGAAGCAGCUGGUUAAGGUUUUUGUUGUGUGUGUGUUUGUUUUGGUUUUUUUUUGAUAGGUUUAUGGUUUGCAUGAAUUAAUAUUUAAGGUGAUUCAGGCAAAUGCAUGGCUUUUGUGUAAGUCCUUAUAUUUAUUUCUGUCUUAUGAAACUUUACCAUGACCUAAGUAGAAUAGAAUACUCAGUGGACAAAUUAAUCAGUCCUCUGCACAAGUUUUUGGUUUUUUUUUUUUUUUUUAAAAAAAAAAUGGGUUGUUUUACAAGUUCCAACAAAUUCAACCGAAUCUUUUUAUUUUUUUUUAUUUAAUUGAAUCUUCUGUUUAGCUUGUCUCCAAGAAUUAUUCUUUAGAACGUUCACGAAACUUCUCAGCAGACAAAUCUUCCUUAACUAGGAAGAAAGGUGGACUGGCCUGUGUGCUCACUCUUGAGUUAGCAGAAACUCUCCAUUGGUAAGUACACUCUGGUGGAGAUGAGACUCCCAGCCGUAGACUAGAAGCCAUAAAUGCAGCGAGUGCCCGUUGGCAGCCUCCUCUGCCUCAUUUCUCACCUUUUCAAGUGUAUGAAGUGAAAGUAAGACGGCAGCCUUGGAAGGCAGCUAUGAAAGGCCGCAGUUUGCUUUAAAAAAAUAAAAUAAAAUAGACAUUCAGCUCCGUGGAAAAGCCAUUCCUGCCUCAACGGCUGUAAAGAUCGUGACGCUGCAUGCGUGGACAAGUGUCGAAUCUGUGCUUAAAGUGCUUCUCUCAGGUUUGUGUAUCUUGAUGUUUGAUGCACUGUGUUUUAUAAAUAGUUACAAAUGUUGAGUAAAAUCCAUUUCUAUGCACUGUUCCUUGUCAUCGGCCUUUUGUGAAUGUGCAUGUUUUAAACUGCAGAUUUUAAACAUUUUUGUCCUCUAAUUGUUAUUAAAAAAUAAACUUUACCGUUACAUAAA